CUCUCCCUGCCGUGACGACCUGUCAAUAAAUCCAGUGGGACACCGGCCCUGCGGAGCGCACCAAACGGAGAAGGCUAUCAACCCUUGAGGACCGACUUCACUGCAAGGGUGUGAGAGGCUCCUGUCCCAUGGCUGUGCAGGAGCUGGGCAUCAGCCUGUCCAUGAUCGGCGUUGCCGGGACCAUCCUCAUCUGCGCCCUGCCCAUGUGGAAGGUGACGGCGUUCAUCGGCACCCACCUGGUGGUCAUGCAGGUGUUCUGGGAAGGUCUGUGGAUGACAUGUGUCAGUGAGUACACCGGUCAGAUGCAGUGCAAGCUCUACGACGCGCUAAUGGACCUGUCGCCGGACCUGCAGGCCGCCCGCGGCCUCAUCUGCAUCGGCCUGGUGCUGGGCUGCUUGGGCUUCCUCGUCUUCAUCUUGGGGGGGCGCUGUACUAACUGCCUGGACCACCCGGGGCUCAAGGCGCGGCUGGUUCUGGGCUCUGGGGCCACCUUCUGCCUGGCGGCCCUCGUCACCGUGGUCGCCGUCUCCUGGACGGCCAGCUCCGUCAUCAGGGACUUCUACGACCCGCAUGUCCCCGAGGUGCUGAAGAGGGAGCUCGGGGCUGCCAUAUACAUUGGCUUCGUGGCGUGCGGCCUGCUCUUCUGCGGGGGGGUCAUCCUGUGCACCAGCUGCCCGUUCCCCUCCGGCGGAUACACGGCGGCCCGGACACCCACGCGCAGCAGCUACGCCAUCAAGAACUACGUGUGA